GGCCUAUGACACACAUCACACAUCUCAAUGGAGAGGAAGGUAGCCAUCAUAGGAGCUGGCAUCAGUGGCCUCCUUGCCUGCAAGUAUACCCUCUCCAAAGGCUUCACACCGGUUGUUUUCGAGUCCCGGAGCAGCAUCGGCGGAGUAUGGAGGAAGACACUCGAGACUACAAAGCUCCAAACACCCAAACCAUUCUACCAGUUCUCAGAUUUCCCAUGGCCAUCUUCAGUGGAAGAAGAGUUCCCUAACCAGUUCCAAUUGUUCGAUUAUCUGCAGUCCUAUGCUUGCCAUUUCGACUUGCUCAGGCACAUCAAGUUCAAUAGUAAGGUGGUGAGUAUCGAGUAUGAAGGGGCUUCAGAUGAAGAGAUGCAGGCAUGGGAGCUGUGGGGAGGCAAUGGUGAGGCGUUCAGCUCUAAAGGGAAAUGGAACCUUACUGUGACCGACACACAGAUCCUUUCAACUGAGGUUCACCAAGUGGACUUUGUUAUUCUCUGCAUUGGACGGUUCACCGAUGUUCCAAACAUCCCAGAAUUUCCCCCCGGUAAAGGCCCAGAGGCGUUCCAUGGAAAGGUGAUACAUUCCAUGGAGUAUUCCGCCAUGGAUUUUGCAAGCGCAGCAGAAUUCAUCAAAGGGAAACGAACAGCUGUGGUUGGUUUCCAGAAACAUGCACUGGACAUAUCGAUGGAGUGUUCAGCAGCAAAUGGAGAGCAAAAUCCAUGCAGACUGUUAUACAAGACUGAGCACUGGAACGUCCCUGAUUAUCAGCCAUGGGGAGUGCCACUGGCUUAUCUGUAUUUUAGUCGCUUCUCAGAGCUUCUAGUUCAUAAGCCUGGUGAAGGGUUCUUUCUGAGUCUCCUAGCAACCAUUCUUUCACCUGUGAGAUGGGGAUUCUCAAAGUGGGUGGAAUCUCAUAUAAAGAAGAAGCUGUCCCUAGAAAAGUUUGGGAUGGUACCAAAACAUAGCUUUCUCAAAGAGAUCAGCGCUUGUUUGAUCUCAACAGUGCCAGAGGGGUUCUAUGAUAGAGUUGAAAAGGGAAGUAUCAUUUUGAAGAAAGCUCCAAAGUUUAGCUUCUGCGAACAAGGCAUUGUGGUUGAUGGCGAGAUCACUCCUAUAGAAACGGAUUUGGUCAUUCUGGCUACUGGAUUCAAGGGAGAGAAGAAGCUAAAAGAUAUAUUCGUGUCCCCCGCCUUCCAGGACUGCAUCCUUGGGUCCCCAACUGCAUCGGUUCCAUUCUAUAGGGAAUGCAUUAACCCUCGAAUUCCACAGCUAGCGGUAAUUGGAUUCUCGGAGAGUAUUUCAAACCUCUACACAUCGGAGAUGAGGUGCCGGUGGCUAGCAGAGCUUCUUGACAGCACAUUCAAGCUGCCAAGCAUUAAAGAGAUGGAGAAAGAUGCAGCAAGAUGGGACAAGUAUAUGAAGCAAUCCUCCGGCGAGUACUACCGGAGAUCAUGCAUAGGUGCUCUGCAUAUCUGGUACAAUGAUCAACUCUGCAAGGACAUGGGGUGGAACCCUAAGAGAAAGAAGGGAUUUUUUGCAGAAUUGUUUGAGCCUUAUGUCCCAAGUGAUUACUGCCCAUCCUAAAACUGAAAUUAACAUUCAAUUUCGUGUAAAGUCAUGUGAUGAAGCUCACUAGUAGAAAAGAAUAAAGGAAUUGGGGUCUGUUCCUUUCUGCCACAGUGCAUUUGGAAGGAGAGGAAUAAAAGAAGAGGUUUGAGUUAUCUAGCCA